AUGUUCCUUCUUAUCCUGUUCUUAUUUCAAUUCGUUGUUUCAAAUGAUAUGGGGUGUUACAUAUAUUAUGAAUCAAAUAAGAACGUUUUAAAUUAUGGAUUUUAUAAUGGUAAUAACUGUAUCUACUCAGGAAAAGGAUGGCAAUAUAAUGGUCCUAAUUUAAAUUCUAACAAGUUUAUAUUUAAAUCGGAUUGUUGUGAAAAUGGAUUACCAUACAUGAGUGUUUUAAUCAAUGAAGCUGCUUCAACAGAAUUUAGUUUUGAGGCAGACGCCUCUAUUAAACAUUUGUUUGUGAGGCCUGCUUGGGGUAAAGGAAAAUACACUCAAUUUAACCUUGAAAAAUACAAAUCAUUAUUAUAUAUUACUGUCGAAAGGAAAGAGUGUUUUGAUGAUACAGAAACUCAAGAAAAUCUUUUGAUUUAUGAUAAACCUGCAAUAUUUCAUACUACAUUAUGUUCUAAGACUUAUAUAUCAUGGGAAAUGGAAGAUCGUCCAUACUUGUAUUUGUACCAAAAUGUGAAUGACACCGCGAAAAAAGAAAUAUGGGUAAAAGAGAUAUAUAAAGAAGGAUGUUGGUAUGCAUUUAAUACUAAUGGACAACAAAAAAUUCCAGAUACUAUUACAAAUGGAGUGCUCAAAGAAGUAUCAAAUAUUCAGGGGUUUAGAAGAUAUGUUAUUUGUAAAGGACAAACAGAGCCACAGCCUGAUUCAUCAUGUAAAAUUACAACAGGAUCAACAGAUGUACAAAUUUCAAGAUCAACAAUCAAUUAUCCUGAUUGUUUGUACAAUGGAUCAUUAUAUACAUUAACAGUGCCUAAUAGUUAUACUACAAUUCGUUUCUUCAAUGAUUAUGGAUUGGAGUGGAAUGGUAUAUAUUUUGAGAAAAGAACAAAUCCACUUAAUAUUAUCAUCUCAAAAAAAAAUAUUCUUAAAGUCAGUGGCUCUUCUGUUACUCUUCCAAAUCAACCGAUACGCGUAGAUGGUUAUAUCUCAUUUAAUAUUUUAGUAUUAUCAAAUGUUGAAACAGGUAAUCAUUAUUUUCAAGAAUUAUCAGCUGAAAGAAUUGACGAUUCAUCUAUCACUACAGAUAAAGUGUUGUUUAUUGGUAAAGAAUUAAAAUCAAGCAAUGAAAAUAUUAAAAGUGUAAGUUGUGGGAGUUCUAAUAGAUUUGUUAAAGUAGAAUCUCAAAUCCAAUGUGGUUGUGUAUAUUCUGAUGGAUAUGAUGUUGAUGAUUGUUCAGAAAUAAGUUCAACAGCAGAUGCAUUAAUUAAAGAAUCAAUUAUGUUAACAAUCAAAUCAGAUUCUUUCAAAGAGUCAGACUCUUAUUGGUAUUCAAUAAAUUAUAAACCAGGUGAUGGUCAAUUUUCUGGAACGCUUAUUGCUUCAAAUUGUCAGAUUGGAGGUUCAAUAUCUCUAGUUGGGAAAUUAAAAUGUACUAAGCUUAUUCUACAAUCAGACACUACUAUUGCAAUUACACCUUCAGGAGUAUUAGAUGUAUCAACAUUAGAAACAAAUACAAAUAAAAUUAGUAUCACAACACAGAGUGAAAAUAGUCUUAUCAUUGGUUCAAUCACAACAUCAUCAGAAGUCAAUAUUAUAGGUGCUCUAAGUGAAUUAAAGAAAUUAACAGUCAGUCAAAAUGCAAAAAUUAUGUUUUCAUCUGUUAUUACAAUUGAUAGCAUUUAUGUAGACCCAUCAACACAAACAAAUACAGACUAUACAAUUAUUAACCAAUAUAAAACAACAAUUAAUGAACUUAUUACAACAACAAAGCUUAGCCUCAAAAUUUCUAAUCUUAUAUUUGGACCAAAUAUAAAAUCUAUUUAUAUUAACAAAUUAACAACAGACAAACCACUAACUUUGAGCAACUCGGUGACAACGUUAGUUAUUGACUCUAUUGACAUUAAAUUUAUACCACCUACCUUCUUUAUUAUUACAAAUAAAAGUGAAAAUGAAUUAAAAGUAACAAUUAAUUCAGCAUCUGGUAUAGAAGAACCGUUUUACUUAAUGUCAUUGAAAGAACGAAAAGUAACAUUUACUAAUUCAAUGAAAACAAUGUGUGAUGAACAGAUAGCAAUAUUUGGAACUGUUGAUGAUGGAUUAUGUGAAAAUAAGGGAUAUGGAAAAAAAACAUGUUAUAAGAGAGAUGAAAGUCAAUACUAUUAUGAGAGUGAGUCAUCUUCAUUUUUUGAUUAUUCAUGUCCAGGACAUAAAUCUCAAUAUGUUACAUCAACGUUAUAUAUAUCAGCAUCAACAAUUAAUAUUGGUAAUGAUGAAUAUUAUUCUAAUAUAUUUGUAGUUUCACCAACAACAAUAACUGUUUCAAAUUAUGAGUUGCCAUUAACUCUUCAAGCAAAUGUUGUGAUUGCUGGUGAUAUGAAUUCAAUAUUAGUUAAAACUAAUGAUAAAUACACAAUUAAUACCAAUGGGGGAAAUAAUCAGAAUUUAAUUAUUGCUGAUACGUCUUCUUGUGGAAUUAAUGAUUCAUCAAGUGUAAUAGAAGCUGAUGGAAUUUGCACUAUUGGUUAUUCAACACCAACUGGAAUGAAGUGUAAGAAGUGUAGGUAUGGAUUUAAUUCUGAUGGAAGUUGUAUUGUUGUGUCAUCAACAGAUGUUCAUAACUGUAUAAUUAUUUCUCCUAAUGGUAAGUACUGUUUAAGGUGUAACACUGGGUUUUAUAUAGAAAAUGGGAAUUGUCUUCCUUGUGGACAAAAAUGUCUAACGUGUGAUUCAAGUCAAUGCUUUAUUUGUGAAGACAAUUACAUAAAUGAUAAAUCAGAUGAAAAAAAAUGUAUUCAAAAUUUUGCAGUAUGCUCUUUCUCAAAGAAUAAUAUUUGUUUGAAAUGUCCUCAAGGGAAGAUGAUAGACAGUGAUCAUACAGGUUGUUCUACGUCAUGUGUGGAUGGUUGUUAUUUAUGUCAAGAUAAUACAAAUUGUGACAUUUGUAAUAUAAGUGCUAAUGCAAUUAAAAGUUCAACAACAUGUAGUGUUACUUCUAAUUCAAUUAAUGUAAGUAAUUCAGGAAUUAUUCAAUGUUUACCAGGAUAUUAUUUAUCAGAAACUUCUACAUGUAGUUCAUGUAAUUCUGGUGAAUUACAUUGUAUGACUUGUUAUUCUGUUUCAAAUAACGUUGUUUGUAGUAGUUGUGCUGAUGGUUAUAUCAUGACAACUAGUGGAACGUGUGUUUCUAAAGAGUCAGUUUCAUGUAAGCAAGUAUCAAAAUCUACAUGUUUAAGCUGUGAUGAUUCAUCUAAAUAUUUUAAUGGAAAGGAUUGUGUUAGUGGAAUAGAACAUUGUUUAAAAACUAAUAAUGAUGGAACAUGUGUUGAGUGUUUGUUCUCAGAAUCAGCAGAAAAAUAUUAUUUAUUAACAACCACUGAUGGAAACACAAUAUGCUCAGAACAAAGUGAUGAGUUUUGUUCCUUAUAUACACAAAGUGUAUGUCGAAGUUGUAUUGACGGAUAUUACAAUAAUCAAAUCAAGUGUUUGCCAUGUAACGCCACUUGUUCUAAAUGUGUUAAUUCACAAAACUCAUGUUAUGAAUGUCAGUCUGGAUAUGUUCUUCAAGGUGAAUCAUGUGUUAUUUCUGAAACUACAAAUUGUAAGAUGAUGAUAACCAGUGAUGGUUCUCAACAAUGUGCUAUUUGUAAUGAUGGAUAUUAUAGAGAUGGAAAAGGAUGUACAAAAUGUAUUGAUAAUUGUGUUUCAUGUACAACUGCAAAUACAGGCAGUUGUUUAAAGUGCAUAGACAAUUAUUAUUUUGACAUAAAAACACAACAAUGUCUUUCAAUAAGUUUACUUUCUAAUUGUGAGACUACAAAUAGAUUUGGAUGUGAGGUAUGUGAAGAUGGAUAUUUCUUAAAUGGUUACACAUGUUUAUCUUGUGAUCAGACAACUAAUAACUGUAAGAGUUGUAAUAAACAAAAUGGAAGAUGUAAUCUAUGUAAUAAAGAUUUUAUUUUAGAUAGUGAUUAUAAGUGUAUUUAUUAUUCACAAUUCUCUCAUUGUGUUAGUGCUGAAAAUAAUGUUUGUAAUAAAUGUGAUUUCUGGUAUUCAGUUGAUGGAAAAGAGUGUAAGAGUUCACCAGUUUGGUGGGUUAUUGUAUUGGUGAUUAUUGGAGGAAUAAUAUUCUUUAUUAUAUUUAUUGUACUUAUUAUAUUUAUUGUUAGAAAAACGAUUAAAAGAAUUAGUAUAAAACAUGUUAUUAAAGAACAAAAAAAUCAGGUUUCACACUUCCAAAUGAACAAAUCAAAUAUAGAAUGGAUUCCAUUAAGUGGUAGAUGUCAAAUUCUUGUAAAUAAAAGACUAGCAAAUUUUGGAUGUGGUGGAUAUGAAAAAGAUGGAAAUGAAUUACCAGUCAAUGAAGAGUCUCGAGACAUUAUUUGUAUUGGAAAUGGAUAUAACAGAACAAUUCAACUUACCUUUAUGACUGUAGAUGAAAUUGAUAGUAAAUAUACAUUACGAUGUAAUCCUGAACAAAUAACUUUGAAAAAAGGUGAAGCAUUUGAAGCUGAAAUAUAUAUUACACCAUUAUGUACUUGUACUAUCAAAGAACGACUUCAAAUAACAUUAUUUGAUUUAAAAAAUAAUAAAAGAACAAACGAGAGUAUUCAAAUAUAUGCAGCCACUGUUGUGUCUACUAGACUUGACUAUGAUGAGAUUCAAGAAGAGAAACAAAUUGGAGAAGGGUCAUUUGGAGUUGUUUUCAAAGGAACAUUUCAAGGAAAUAAAGUUGCUAUUAAGAAAAUGAAAAUGGGAGAUGAUGAAGAAGCAAUGGAAGAAUUUAAUAAAGAAGUUGCAAUGUUAGAUAAAUUCAGAUGUGAGUAUAUUGUUCAUUUCUAUGGUGCAGUAUUUAUUCCAACAAAAAUUUGCCUCGUUACAGAAUAUGUAGAUAUGGGUUCGUUACAAUCAUUAAUAAAAAAACACUCAAAACCAAAUGAACAUAUGAGAAUGAAAUUAGUCAUUGACGCAGCUAAAGGAGUUCAAUAUCUUCAUUUUAAUGGAAUUAUUCACCGUGAUAUCAAACCAGACAACGUUUUAAUUUUCUCAUUAGAUGAUGGAAUUGAAGUUAAUGCUAAGUUAACAGACUUUGGAUCAUCAAGAAAUAUUAAUUCAAUGAAAGCAAAUAUGACCUUUACUAAGGGAGUUGGCACGCCUAUUUAUAUGGCACCUGAAAUAUUGAAUCAAGAGAAAUACACUGAAUCAGCAGAUAUUUUUUCUUUCUCUAUAUUGAUGUAUGAAACAUUUAAAUGGGACCGUCCUUAUCCAGAGAAUGUAUUUAAAUAUCCAUGGAAUAUUGCGGAAUAUGUUAUGCAAGGGAAUAGAUUAGAAAUCGCUUCUGGAAUGCCUGAAUGGUACUUUUUGAUUAUCCAAAAUUGUUGGAAACAAAAUCCUUCAGAAAGAUAUAACAUUGAACAAGUUAUUGAUUUAUUGAGUAUAGGAAUGAAUUGA